AAAUAAUGCUUUUCGGCUUAGCGGUGCCAUAGCAUUUGGAAAACAAGCAGAGUCUUGGAAUAGUUGGAAGUUGAAUGGAGAUCUGAACACUGAAUUGAAUUGAGAAUGGCAGAUUCCCAACACUCGGCCAGAUCUUCGACGGUAACAGUUAAUGACGGAGAUGAUGAAGUUUCCGGUGGCUUUCUCCCUCUCGCCUCCGGUCCUCAGCAACCUUAUGUCUCCGAACUCCUCUCUUUCACUCUCGAUCGCCUCCACAAGGAGCCGGAGCUUUUACGAGUAGAUGCCGAGAGAAUUGAGAAGCAGAUGCAGGAGGUAGCUGUUAGUAAUUACCGCGCUUUUAUUUCUGCUGCCGAUGCAUUGCUUGCUGUUCGUCAAGAAGUUUCUUCCAUUGACAAACAUCUCACUUCUAUGAUUGCCGAGAUCCCCAAGCUAACAUCAGGCUGCACAGAGUUCAUCGACUCGGCAGAACAGAUUUUAGAGAAGCGGAAGUUGAACCAAACUUUGCUAUCUAAUCAUAGUACUUUGCUUGACUUGCUUGAAAUUCCUCAGCUUAUGGACACGUGUGUGAGAAACGGAAACUAUGAUGAAGCUCUUGAUCUUGAGACUUUUGUUGGCAAGCUUUCAACAAUGCACCCAAAGUUGCCUGUUAUUCAAGCACUUGCUGCAGAAGUUAAGCACACCACCCAAUCUCUACUUACACAGCUUCUCCAGAAACUCAGAUCAAACAUUCAGUUGCCAGAAUGUCUCCGCAUAAUUGGAUAUUUACGUCGAAUAGGAGUAUACAGUGAAUACGAAAUGCGCUUACAGUUUUUAAGAUGCAGAGAAGCAUGGUUAACUGGAAUUCUCGAUGACUUGGACCAGAGGAAUGCAUAUGAGUACUUAAAAGGGAUGGUCAAUUGUCACAGAAUGCAUCUUUUUGAUGUUGUAAACCAAUAUCGAGCAAUAUUCGCUGAUGAUACAUCGGGAAGUGAGGAGAACCAUGAUGGCGGCCUUCUUUUUAGCUGGGCCACCCAUCAAAUUACCUCUCACCUUAAAAUGCUCAAGGUUAUGCUUCCCAAAAUAGCAGAAGGCGGGUCAUUGUCAAAUAUCCUGGACCAGUGCAUGUAUUGUGCCAUGGGUCUUGGAUGGGUUGGACUAGACUUCCGUGGCUUGCUUCCACCACUUUUCGAAGAAGCAGUCCUCAACUUAUUUUCAAAGAACAUGGGUACAGCUGUGGAGAAUUUUCAGUUAGUUUUAGACUCUCAUCGCUGGGUACCGCUCCCAGCAGUUGGUUUCUCAGCCAAUAGCUUUGGUGAUGAAAACCAGGAAGACGUUACUCCUCCUCCAAAUCUAAUGGAUCAUCCACCUCUUGCUGUAUUUGUAAAUGGUGUAUCAGCAGCAAUGAACGAAUUACGUCCGUGUGCCCCAAUACGUUUGAAGUAUAUAAUUGCGCAAGAAUUGAUUAAGGGACUGCGUGCCGUUUCAGAUUCUUUGCUCAGGUACAAUACUACUAGGAUGCUGAGGGAGAAUGAGUCUGUGCUUUUCCUUUCUCUUUGCCGCUCAUUCACUGAGGUUGCUUUUCCACAUUGCGCUACAUGCUUUGGUCGUUGUUAUGUAGGUGGAGCUUCUCUUAUCACAGAUUCCAAGGGUUUAUUUGAUGGAAUUAACCGUCUUGUAGCAGCAUCAAUCUCUAGAGACUUGCCUAAACCGGUCAAUAACUCAGAGAAUAAGAACACAACAGAAAAUGGGGAAGCACCACCAGCUGAAAAUGGGGUUAUAGAUAAUGGAGGACAAACAGAAAGCCUCGGUGCAGUUGAAAAGGAGGAGCAUGACACCAGUCCACAAACUGAGGAGAAACCUGUCAAUGAUGAUGCUACAAGAGCUUAAGUUGUACAAACCCGUGUAACUUAAAAAGAAUCCUUGAAUGUUGAUCAAUGUUAUGUCGAGAGGUAUGUAAAUGUAUUCAUAAUUCAUCGGAAGUAUAAAGAAUUUUGUCAAGGGACAGGAGGGAUUUGGAAUUUUCCAGUCAAAAGUCUGAAAUAGUGGAUUAUACAGUGUAAUCAACAAUCUUGAUGUAUCGGUGUAUGAGUUUAUCAAUGAAAAGAAACAAUCAAUUUGUUAAA